AUGAAGGAGCAGGUCGAGAGACUGGUGGACAAGGCCUGGGACAAGUUUGAAAAGACACCGGCCGAUAAACGCCUACGCAAAACAACCCUCUCCCAGAUAAUAACAACUCGCCUCAACACCCGCGCCUCCGCCCUCGACACCUCCUACACCCACGCCCCGCCCGCCGCCUUCGUGCCCAUGGACGGCUACCACCUCACCCGCGCCCAGCUCUCCGCCCUCCCGGACCCGUCCACCGCCCACGCCCGCCGCGGCGCCGCCUUCACCUUCGACGGCCCUGCCUUCCACGCCCUCGUCACCUCCCUGCGUGUGCCCCUCGGCCCCGAAUCCUCCGCGCCCAUCCUCGCCCCGAGCUUCGACCACGCCGUCAAGGACCCCAAACCCGACGACAUCGCCAUCCUCCCGUCCCACCGCAUCGUCGUCUUCGAGGGGAACUACCUCGCCCUCGACAAGGACCCCUGGAACGCCGCCGCACGGCUGAUGGACGAGCUGUGGUUCGUCGACGUCGACUUCGAGGUCGCGCGCAGGAGGCUGGUCAAGAGGCACGUCAAGGCGGGCAUCGCGAAGGACGAGGAGGAGGCGGAUAAGAGGGCACGGGAAAACGACCUGGUAAACGGGCGCGAGAUUGUGGAUUUCAGGAUGGAUGUUGAUGAGGUCGUCGUCAGUCGCGAGGAUGACGAAUGGGUUCACGAGUAG